AUGGCUACUAUCUGGACAAAUGUAGCAGAGCUCUUUGCGGACCACGAAGAUACGUAUGUUCAGUUUCUGAACGGAACAUUCCGCGGAAAGGAGGGCGUGAACCGUUUGUAUAUCGAUCGAUUUGCCAAUUCAUUCGUCGGUGGUCGAAAUGGUCCUAUUGAUGGAUGGCUCCUUGAUCACCUCAUGGCACAAGACAUUGUGGACUUUGAUCCACAAGCAGGAAGGGCCAAGGCCCGCAUCCGUACCCUGAUGAGUGCCGGAACCCACGAAUCCCUUACGCCCAAAUUCCCGGGAGGACAGCGCCAAUGGUGGGAAGGUGGUCUUUACGAGAACGAGUAUAUCCUCGAAGAUGGGGUGUGGAAAAUCCUGCGCCUUAGGUAUUAUCCAUUCUGGCACGGUACUGUGGAAAGGGGGUGGCAGGGAUCGAAUGGAUUUGUGCCUUUGUACAAGGAAGAGGACGCCUUCCCAACAAAUCCACUGGGUCCCGACGAGGUGACCCUAGGGGAGUCGCUUUGGCCUGACACCCGGGUGAUACCCUAUCACUACAAACACCCUGUGACGGGAAAAGAUGUGGCCGAGGAAGACCUGAAGGCUCCGAAGUGGCGCGAAGACGGGAGUGCUGCCCCACCGGCAAGGACUAUUACAGAUUGGGGAUUUUGA